AAAGUUGGAAAACCUACCUACCUACCUACCUUCCUUGUACCUACCUGCCUUACCUCAACUUCCACUUGCCGCCACGUCGACGUCCAGCUCUUCCGGGCAUCGCGACUUGAAAGAUACUAUAAUACUAAAACCGCCUGCCCGAGAAAUAGUGACAUUCGCAGCAAGAAGGAAGAUGUCCAAGCUUUCCCCCUCUCUCAAGGGUCUCAUCAACGCGCCCUUUGCGCGGCCAGGCCCGACUCCGGCGCCGCGCAACAUUGAGGCCGUCUACACCAAGAUCGCAGAUGAGGCUCGCGAGAGGAAAUAUGGCGAGAAGCCAUGGCUUGCGCUUUCUGCAGCAGCAACUUUCACCCUCAACUCUCCCUCUUCCUUAGGACCCCUCCUCACACUCGCCUCCUCCCGAUGGCCUUCUUCUUCCUCAUCUUCCUCCUCCCCUUCCCCUUCCUCUUCUUCUUCCCCUUCCUCUUCAGCACUCCUUGAACCCGCCGAAUUCAUCCGCGAAAUCGGCCUCAAAUGCAUCUCCUUCAACGGCAUCCCCCGCACAAUCAACACCCUCAACUUCUUCCGCGCCCACCUCUCCUCCGCCCACCCACAGCUUUCAUCCCACCUAUCCACCACCCCGACCCGCCAAACCACACCCUCAAACAUUUCCGCCGUCCACGCCCGCGGUCGUCAGCUGUGGGAAUCCAUCUACACCCCCCUAGACGCCAAACUCGAAGCCAAGCUCGCCGAGGCCCACCCCGAUUUACCUGUGCAUAUCCUCGGUAGCCAUUACGGCCCUUUACUCAGUGAUCCCCCCUCCGAAAAGAAUGGGUUGGACAGUAAAGUGGGCAGGAGUCUGACGAGCGUGGUGGCCAUUGCGUGUUUACGUGCGCAAACGGGCGUGGGGCCGCAGGUGUUGUCGCAUGUGUUUGGACUUCGGAAGGCGGUCGAGCAGGGGGCGCAUUUGCACGAGUUUGCUGCUGCUGGUCAGUCUGGUGGUGAGGGAAGUAAAAAAGGGGAAAAGGAAAGGAGAAGUGAGGAGGCGGAGGGGAUUGAAAGAUUGGCUAGUGAUGAAGGGUGUGAGUGGAUUUUGAGGAGCGUGGAUGCGAUUAGUGAGGCGAUGGCGGCGGCGGCGGCGGCGGCGGCGCAGGAUGGGAACAUGAACGAGGGAGGGUUUGCUUCACCGAUGAGGAAGAGGGAGAGUAAGCUGUGAGAUAUCCAUGCUGACUUGAUGUUAUUUCGACUGAUGAUUUGAUCUUGAACUUCCGUCCGGUAUA